AGCCAUCUCCUGCAGCUGCACUGGACACCACCACAAUGGACAGGAAAAUGCAAAACCAGAAGAACCUCACUGGAACGCUGGCGUUUGCUGUCUUUACAGCAGUUCUGGGGUCCCUGCAGUAUGGAUAUGGUAUUGGAGUCAUCAACGCUCCACAAAAGAUCAUUGAAGCUCACUAUGCACGGGUCCUUGAACUGGACAUUCUGGAAAAAAGUACCAACCAAACAGAAGAUGCUCCCGUUCCUCCUGCUGUUACAAUGUAUUGGUCCCUCUCGGUGUCUAUAUUUUCACUUGGUGGGAUGGUGUCUUCAUUUUUUGUUGGAUGGAUCGCAGAUAAACUUGGGAGGAUCAAAGCCAUGAUGGUAGUAAAUUCCUUGGCAAUAAUUGGAGCUCUCCUUAUGGGUUUGGCACCACUCGGUCAAGCACAUGCCCUUGUUAUCGCUGGUAGAUUAAUUACCGGACUUUACUGUGGAUUGGCAUCAGGAUUAGUCCCAAUGUAUGUUGGAGAGAUUUCUCCCACCCCACUCCGAGGAGCGCUGGGGACUCUGCACCAGCUUGCUAUCGUAACAGGAAUUCUCAUCAGCCAGAUUAUUGGGCUAGACUUUAUCCUCGGCAGUAAGGCACUAUGGCCCGUCUUGCUCGGUCUUUCCGGUGUCCCGGCAGUUAUUCAGACAAUUCUACUCUUCUUUUGCCCAGAAAGCCCCAGAUUCCUCUUCAUCAAACUUGGAAAAGAGGAGGCAUCUAAAAAUAGUUUGAGAAGAAUAAGGGGGGAAUAUUAUGACACAACAAAAGAUAUUGAGGAGAUGAGGAAGGAGAAGGAAGAAGCUGCCAGUGAGAAGAAGGUGUCCAUUAUUCAGCUGUUUAAAUCCUCAAAAUACCGACAACCUCUUCUGGUUUCUAUUGUGCUUCACAUUUCUCAGCAGUUCUCUGGAAUUAAUGGGAUAUUUUACUAUUCCACAAGUAUAUUUUCAAAAGCAGGAAUUAGCCAACCAGUAUAUGCAACAAUAGGAGUUGGUGCGGUGAACACAAUUUUCACUGUUGUGUCGGUGUUCCUGGUAGAAAGAGCAGGAAGAAGAUCCCUCUAUCUGGUUGGUCUCGGAGGCAUGUGUAUAUGUGCUAUUAUCAUGACCAUUGCGCUAGCAUUGCUGAGUCAGUACGCUUGGAUGAGUUAUCUGUGCAUGGUUGCCAUCUUCCUUUUCGUGGUUUUCUUUGAAGUCGGUCCCGGUCCCAUCCCUUGGUUUAUUGUCGCUGAAUUGUUCAGUCAGGGUCCUCGACCUGCAGCAAUGGCCGUGUCUGGGUGCUGCAACUGGACUUGCAACUUUAUCAUUGGGAUGUGCUUUCAGUACAUUGCCGAAGCCUGCGGACCCUACGUGUUCAUCAUUUUCGCAAUUUUGCUUUUCGGCUUCACUGUGUUUACAUACUUUAAAGUCCCUGAGACCAAAGGGAAGUCAUUUGAGGAGAUAUCGGCUGAGUUCCGUAAGAAUAAACUCGCCACGCGCAAAGGACUCAAAGCCACUGAAAUGGAAUACUUGGGAACUAGUACCGACGCCUAACUUUUACAAGAUCGGAUUAUAACUAUGGAAACCUAA